UCGACAUCGUUUAAACGUUUUGUAGUCUCGGACUUGAGAAUGAUUUGUACAAGCGUAGGACCACGUUGAUGACAUUCUUUCUAGACGAAAACCAAGACAAACUGAACUUGUGACAGCAGGGCUAGUUCCUGCUACUGCAGACAGACAAGAUGUCGGAGGACAAACGCCGAGGUGAAGACGUAGAAGAUGGCGGACCAGGUCUUGUCUAUAUGCCAUUUGUCAUCAUGGAAGAAUUUCUAGACAAGCUGAGAUUAUUGGAUUAUGAAAAGGAAUUUUCACGUACACUUAAUAUGAAACCAAUAUCAAGACAUUACUUUGCUAUACCAACAAAUCCAGGAGAGCAAUUUUUCAUGUUUACAUCACUAUCAGCUUGGUUGCUUAGAAAAGCAGGCAAGAACUUUGAGCAACCACAGGAGUAUGAUGAUCCUAAUGCCACAAUAUCCAGCAUUUUAGAAGAAGUCAGAAAACUCGGACACCAAAUUGACUUCCCUCCGUCCAAGUUGAAGCAGGGUUGUGGAGAACAUGCGAUAUAUGUCCUUACACGACUGGCAGACGAGGCUCUUAAAUCUACGAAUUUCAACUGGGAAAAACCCGAAUACCCUACAGAAGAAACAGAGGAAGAAACUGUGAUAGAAGAUGAUGCUGAGUUGACACUAGGAGAGGUGGAGAAAAACUUCUUCCAGUACAUGCAGCAAUCGCAACAUGGUGAUGAUGAGGAUGAGUUUGAGGAAGAAGAACAGAUUAUGGAUUUAGAGGGUCUGAAACGUCUCGGCCAGAGUAAGCAAACCAGCGAGAGCACCAAACCAGAUGAUAUUCUGGAGUCAACAACUGACGCUGCUGACUGGAAACUGGAGGUCGAACGUGUACAGCCACAACUAAAGGUCACAAUAAGGACUGACAAUAAGGAUUGGCGAGUACAUGUAGAACAGAUGCACCAACACAAAGACGGUAUAGAGGCAUCACUGACGGAGACCAAGACCUACCUAGACAAGCUCCACGACGAAAUCACCCGAACCAUGGAAAAGAUUGGCAGUCGAGAAAAAUACAUAAACAACCAGCUAGAACACCUACUGGCUCAGUUCCGGGGAGAACAAGAACAAUUGUCUGAAACAAGGGAACGAUACAAGCAAGCCAGUGGUGGUGUCACGGAGAGGUCAAGGUUGUUAGCAGAGGUGUCUGAAGAGUUGGAACAGAUCAAGCAGGAUAUGGAGGAGAGAGGCAGUAGUAUGACAGAUGGAGCUCCCCUUGUUAAGAUCAAACAGGCCAUUCAACAGCUGAAGAAGGAGAACAUGCAGAUGGAGAUCAGGAUAGGAGUGGUGGAACAUGUCUUAUUAAACGCCAAACUCAAGGACAAGGCCUCACAGAACAAACAGGUCCAUAGCAACGCCACAGCCAAUCAGGACAAGUUUGACUACAGCACCUACUAACCAAUCAGGACAUUUGUUACAUCUGAGAGAUUGUUAUUAUUGUAAUGUUGCUGCAGACACUUGACACAGCUAAUGAUAAGUUCAGACAGGGAUAAACCAGUAGUGUGUGAUGAUGAGGAAAAGAUUCACAUUAGCAUUUGUGUAUUGUUAUAAAAGAUUCGCAUUAGCAUUUGUGUAUUGUUAUAAAACCAACUCUUCAGAUAUACUCCAUAUAAGCAGCUGUUGUCGAGAAGGGUCUGAAUUUACAACAGAACAUUCAUAAAAUUUCUGAAGAAAUGUCACUCUAAAAUUGUUAAACCUCUGUCAAAGUAUACAGUUUUCAAUUGGUUUAUAGAAUCAUAUAGGAAUUCAGUUGUCUGUAGUAACUAAGGCUUACUGUACAGACUGCAGUAGCAGUUCCUAUCCUUGUUUUGUGAGGAAUGGAUGGUACUUUGGAGAUUGUAUGUGACACAGGGACUUGUUAGAAAUUCUCCCAUGGUCUGUAUGUGUAAUGAUAGUAUCUAACAGACCGUAGGGGUCAAGAAUUUGUACCCAGUUCCUGUGGUAUGUGACAGAUAUAUGUGAAGAGAGAGAAUGUGUAUCAAAUCUGUAAAUGUACAUAAUGAGCACUGUGAUAAUAAUGCUCGUGAAUCCGUCCAACAUUCCAGUGUAUGGUUGUCAUAUUGUAACAGCAUUUUGUCUGUAUGUAUCGGGUAUGAAUCUUUUUAUGUCCACUAGGGGGUGUAGUGCUACUAGUACUACCCAUGUCCGUCCGGUCCUGUAGCAACAUCUUUUCUAGGGAUUUUUAUCAAACGUUAAAACCUUAUUAGUUUGUGUUUCUAGGUGAAUGUCAUCUUUUCUAUUCAUGGAAGAUUGAUUCCUGUCGUCACUCCAGUGAAUUAAUUGGUUUAGUAAUUGUUUACCUAUGCCAGUCCCUUCCUCUAGUGUUUCUGUAAGGUUUUUAUCAAAAUCUAUACAAGUUUGAUUCACAUAAAGAUUUAUGAUGAGCGGCAGGCUAAUGACCAUAUCAAUGUUAAACAGCUUUUUAAAACCACAAUCCAUUACUUCUAGUUGUACAUUCAGAAAAUAUCAAACUAAACUUUUUUUCCUUCACAAAUCCCUAAUGGGUAUUGACCUACUACUAGCUUUCAGAAUUUCAUGGUUAAAGUCACCAUUUCUACUUAUAAAACAUACUAAUGCCAUCACUCCACUGAAUUAAUUACUUUUGGAUAUUUUCCAUUAAACUUGAUGCAAAAAACAUGUAACCAGUAAAUAUUUAAAGACAUACCAGUUUUAAGGUCAAAUUGAUUGUUACUAUUUAUAGAAAAAUGUCAAAAACUAAUUUGCUUGGAAACUGGGGCAUCCAUGUCUUACAGAUUCUAGUUUUCUAAUAAGAUGCUAAUGAGAUGCUAAUGAGAUGUUAAUGAGAUGCUUAUGAGGUUCAGUAAAAAAGGAUCAAGUCAUAGAAAUAAAUGGGGAUCCUGCAUUAUUUUGACGUGAAUCGUAAAUUUCCUGUGACAUGGUUUAUCAGCAGACUUUAUACCUACCAGUAAUAGGUGACACAUGAACAUGAUAAUUAUAAGUAUUCAAGGGGAGUAACUCUUCUACAAAUCACUGAUAUGUGCAAGAUAGCAUAUAUCCUUAACUUUGAAAAUUGUCUAUAUAGUUUAUUUAUUGAAUUUAAUGUAUUUUUUGAAAUUGUCUAUUUUAUCUCAUCAAAUGAUCUGUACAUAUCUUUCAAUAAAUUGAAGGAUGGAACUGAGAAA